AUGCCUGUUUCGAACGAAGAUAUCGACGAUUUGGUGGAUAGGGCCGUACGAGAGAUCCGUGCUGCAAGAGAGGAGGGAAAGCGCUCUACUGUUGUAGCAAAAGCGCGUGAACUUGGUAUCUAUAAAGAUUGUAUUCAUCGACGACUUAGGGGCGAUGAUUUGGUGGAUAGGGCCGUAAGAGAGAUCCGUGCUGCAAAAGAGGAGGGAGAGCGCUCUACUGUUGCAGCAAAAGCGCGCGAACUUGGUAUCCAUAAAGAUCGUAUCCAUCGACGACUCAAGGGUAUAGGAUCUCGUAUAGGUCGAAAGGCAGCUAAUCCAAAGCUCUCUGCUAUCCAAGAGGCAUCUCUUAUUCGAUAUAUUCUCUCUUUAGACGAAAUUGGCCACUCUAUACAAUAUAAUCAAAUCAGUAAUAUAGCAAAUGCUAUUCUUCUUCAGGAUUAUACUACCAAUACUCCUGCGCCCUCUAUAGGCUCAAAAUGGGCCUAA